GCUUGGUACGAUCGAUCAGUUGAGUGUUGACCGCGGAUCCAAGCGGACGACGACUCUCCAGCUUUUCGCGAUUGUUAUCUCGUUGGCCACCAUUACGCGUCGCGUCCCCGGUCAGCCUGGCUAUUAUUUUUUUUGCGCGGUGUUCUAUUUUCCAGUCCGAUUCGGCUUUUGGGUAAUCGAUCGAGCCGAAAGUCAUCAUCAUCAUCAUCCCGUCGGUCGUUCCGUCUUGUCCAGCCUUCUGUAAUUACGAGAGUGAAGUGCGCGUGUGUGGUGCCAACGAUCACCAAUCGGUCGUAAUUGUGGAAAAGCGGAGCAGUUCAUUGAAGAAAGCCAACAAAAAGUGCGAUUGUGUCUGAGCCGUGAUAUACACGUACCGAUUUGCAUGCGUUUGGCGGUCAGUGGCUUUGUGGUGCGUCGUAAAAAGCAGAUCAGUGUCACUGCUCUUUCCGUUCGUCUCGCGGUGGAAGCUGGUUGUCGAGAUAAUCAGUUGACGCCGUCUGGAACUCGUGAAAUUUAAUUUUAAAAAAACAUCGAUUCAGAGUGCUAAGAUAUAGUGCUAAGGGUUAUUCAGCUGAGUGUAUUCGUUUGGAAGCUGUUCUCACCUGCUGUUGUGAUCUUUGAAGAGCAGUUUUGUGCUUGAAGAGGUUGCCAAGUGCUAAGUCAUGUGGAGUGGUUGACCCUUACCAGUCCCAGUCUAGUGAUAAUUAUUGAUGGAUUGCCAAUCAUUCGCAGAGGAUUGGAGUCGACUGGAGCAUCUGUAGAAACUAUUUAAAAAAAAACAAUUUCGUCGAGACGAACAAAAACCGACCAAUUAUGAGCAAGCUCGAAAUGGUUUAGGCGAAGGACGAAUCCAUCGAACGCAACGGUGCCGCUCAACUGGAACAAGCUGCGUAUACGGAAAUAACAAACUCGUAACCGACGCGCUGGUCUGGUGGCAGCUUCGCGGGUCCAUCACUCACAAAGCGCACGUAAUCCGUUCCACUCCUCAUGCUGCCAGAAGCAGCCAGUGCAAAAUGAGUCAGUAUUACUUUCCGAUCGUUCUGGUAUUUCUUCUGGAGCUACUACGAAUUACUCAGUCACAUCCAUUCCUCUUCAGCGCCUCAGGCCCCAAUCAACGACGACCGCAGGUGGAAUGGCAGCAACCGGAAGACACUUGGAACAUACAAUCGAUACCGCGAAGCGUUCAGCCGCUGCUGCAAAAUCAGCACAAUGACCACCAAUUACCCCCAACGAGCUAUCAUGUAAUUGAUUCCGACAAUCACGACGAGAAGCUCCUCAAGCAGUUGAUUCAGAUCAAGGAAAAUGCCACCGCCCGAACACUGUUCUAUCACAACAAAGAAGAAUCCCAUCUGCCGCCACUGCUCACGAAGACCAUCAAGUACUUCAACCUGCAGCAAGUGGCUUUUGAACUGGAAACUAGCGUGAUGUCACAAGUGUCUUGCACGGCUUGCAAAGCGGGAGCUGGUCUGCUUCAGCAUUACAUCAAAACCGGUAAAAGCAAAGAGGAGAUCAUCAAGACGAUCUAUCAGUACUGCGUGAACUUGAAGAUUCAAUCGCCGCGCGUGUGUGAAGGUGUCAGUCAGCUCUUCGGUGUAGAGGUUAUCUAUGUACUGAAACGGGUUACAAUCGGGCCGGAUGAGAUUUGCAGUUUCAUCAUCGGGGAUCCCUGUGGUGACAUCUACAACCCGUACCACGAGUGGGAGGUGGAUUUUCCCCCCGUUCAGAAGCCAGAGGUGCGAGAGCUGGCGCUUCCGAAGGAGGCUGCUCCUGUAUUUAAGGUGCUUCAUCUGUCCGAUACUCACUACGACCCGUAUUACGCGGAAGGUUCGAAUGCCGACUGCAAUGAACCCUUGUGCUGUCGUUUAACUAACGGUAGACCUACAACCCCGAACGGAGCAGCUGGCAAGUGGGGAGACUAUCGAAAGUGUGACACGCCACAGCGGACGGUUGAUCACAUGUUGAACCAUAUUGCCGAGACGCAUUCGGAUAUUGAUUUUAUCAUCUGGACCGGAGAUCUUCCCCCACACGACGUGUGGAAUCAAACGAAGGAAGAAAAUCUUAAGGUUCUCAAGGAAACCGUAAAACAGAUGUCGGAGAAAUUCCCCGGAAUACCUAUCUUCCCGGCACUGGGUAACCAUGAGAGUGCUCCCGUGAAUAGUUUUCCUCCGCCCUACGUGCAGCAGGUGGACAGUUCGAUUUCUUGGUUGUACGACGAAUUGGACAUACAGUGGCGUCGUUGGCUUCCGGCAAGUGUAUCGCACACCGUUCGGCGUGGUGCAUUCUACUCGGUACUAGUCAGACCCGGCUAUCGAAUCAUCUCGAUGAAUAUGAACUACUGCAACAACAAAAACUGGUGGCUACUGCUGAACUCGACCGACCCGGCCACGGAACUGCAGUGGUUUAUCUACGAGCUACAGAGUGCCGAGUUUGCUAAUGAAAAGGUGCACGUUAUCGGUCACAUCCCUCCCGGACAUUCCGACUGCCUGAAGGUUUGGAGUAGAAACUACUACAAAAUUGUGUCCCGCUACGAGAGCACUAUCGUGGCGCAAUUUUUCGGCCAUACUCAUUUCGAUGAGUUUGAGGUGUUCUACGAUCCGCACGACUUGAGUAGAGCGACCAGCAUCGCUUAUAUCGGUCCUUCGGUGACUCCGUACAAUGAUCUUAAUCCAGGCUAUAGAAUCUAUUACAUUGAUGGUGAUCAUGACGAUACCACUAGGUUGGUAGUUGAUCAUGAAUCGUGGAUAAUGAAUCUGAAGGAAGCCAACCUCUAUGAUUAUCCGAUCUGGUACAAACUGUACUCAACUCGAGCGGCUUACGCUAUGCGAGGUCUCCGACCGGUCGAUUGGGACGUGCUGAUCAACAACAUGACUGAUAGCAAGGAGCUGUUUGAUCUAUACUACAAACACUACUGGAAGAACUCCCCGGUCCGGCCGGAAUGCGACUACGAGUGCCGCAAACGGAUACUGUGCGACGCCAAGAGUGGGCGAAGCCACGACCGGAAGUACUUCUGCGAGGACGUCGAGGCCAAGAUCGACGAAAACAACAAAGGCUGGAAGGAGUGGAUCUUCAGCUCGAUCACUUCUUCGUUAUCAUACGCACUAUCGGGUAUAACGCGGAUUUUCUGGCGCAAGCGAUGACACGUUGACGGGCUUCCCACCCGUUGAAUAGCACGCUACCACCCACGUACCACAAGCAGCAGCAGCAGCCGCAGCAUACAAGGAAGCCAGCAUUACCUCCUAAUUGAUAUUAGAAACCACAAAAAAAAUCUUGGACAAAAGAUAACUCAUCAGCAAGCAAUAGUUUCCGAGAAGACUUUGAGACUCGCGCAGACAGAACUCGCCACUUGCAGUCUCAGUCUACAUUUAGGAGUAAAAAAAAGAAAAUUUCCGAAGAAAAGCACUCAGAAGUGGAAUAUGACGCCAAAAUGCCAUUGAUUAUAAAAGUGUUCAUCGAUACUUGAUAGUUCAUCCAUGGGACGCUAUAAAAAAAUACACACUGAACAGAUUGUGAUAAGCGAAUUGUCGCAACUAGUAGAGAAUCAUGAGAUAAAAUAAUUGAUAUACCAAGAAACGUGAAGUCGAAGUUAGAAGAGGAAAAAACAUGUGGAGUUACAAUUACGGUUGAGCCACUACACUUUUGCACACGAGUUGCUUAAGUGUUUUAGCAGUAAACUACAAAGUCAACUGAAAACAAUGCAUCCAACCGCAAAAAAUGUAAAUAUUUAAUUUGAGUUUUACCAAAAUAAAUUAUUACUAUUGUA